AUGGCGCGAACGGGCAAACUCAAGAAGAAAUCCACCUCUGUCCACUCUCGUGCUGCCCGCCGAGGCACCUCUCCUUCCGAUGUCGACAGAUCCUUGGAAUCAGUGCCUCGAGUAGAGGCACCAACAAAAGCAACCGGCGUUCUCGCGGCGCACGCUAACGCCGGUAUCUCGAAGAAGAAAGCCAACAAAAAGUUGACCCGAUCACAACGUCUCCGCCAACAGAAAGGAAUCGAGAGAGGAGAGGUGCUUUUCGAUCGAUUGGAAACCAAGGUUGAGAAGGCAAAAACAUCCUAUACGAAGGUAGUUACUGCGCGCAAGGUACAAUGGGAGGAUUUGAAAGGCAAGCAGGCCAAGGCGGCGAAGAUUCUUCAGCAAACACAAGACAACGACGAUGAGCGCAUGGAAGAAGACGAAAAAAUCUCAUCAGCUGCUCCCAUUAUCUUCAACAAMCCUGCCGUCACGACACCCGUCGCAAGUUCCUUGCCGCCGACCGAACCUAUCGCUGCCGAUGAUGAUGACAACAUUACUUGA